CAAGUUCCUUCACCGAUUUCAAACUGAGUUCCAGAAUCUCUCUUUUGAAAUUGAAGCGGUAUUGGUGAUCGAGCUUUACCAGAGUCUCUCUCUCUCUCUCUCUCGCUCGAAGUCGAAAUCGAAGCGGUACUGGAGAUCGAGCUUUUCUUAAUCCCCUGGAAAUUCCUGCUAGAAAUGGCUUGUUUGCGUGCUGUCUCGAGGAGGACAAAUCUUUUGCCUAGACAGUUUUGGAUGCUCGAACGGCCAGUUCUUCAUGUUAACAAAGAUGAUACCAGAACUGAUUAUUUGAAUUCCAGCCCUUUGACUUGUGGACUGCAUAGUCAAGCUCGUAGGCAUGAUUGUUCGUUGGAAGAGAGGAAACACAUGUCUUUUGCCCGAACAUUGGGAUCUGGCUUCUUACUCUGUAGGCACAUGUCUUCAAAACCAGAAGAAUGUUCGAACAAGAUCGAUUGGAAUUCCACAGUUGUUGAGGAACUUGUCCCAGAAGAAUCUUUGGAAGCAGUAAUCUCUCAAGUCUCCUCUGUAAAAGAGGUGGCAAUCGCUGCUGCAGAUUCUUCUCUUCCUGUUGCUGCCAUCCAGCACUUUAUUGAUAGUGUUCAUGCAUUUACCGGCUUCAAUUGGUGUUUAUCGAUAGUUCUCUCGACUUUUCUUGUUGGAGGAUUAUAUAUCCCAGCCCAUGUAAAACGGUUGAAUGCCGGUCCAGAUUUUGCUAAUACUUUUCAACAUGCAGUGAAAAUGAUCCAGACAGAUCUAGUGAAGUUUAAAAGAGAAUGGCUAUUGAUCUUUGACGACUUGAAACCUGGUCUUUCUCUACUGAUUGCAACUGCUGCGGACUGGUUCAUCUACAUCAGCACUUUCCUUGCAAUACGGAACAUGGCUCAGAAGAUGCCAUCCUUCGAAAGCGGUGGAAUCCUCUGGUUCACUGAUCUUACAACUCCAGACAGCUUUUACGUCUUGCCUGCUGUGUUGGGAGUCACUUUCUGGUUUACAACGAUGUCCGACGACUCCUACCAAAGGCAGCAGAAACCAGGAUUUGAAGCCUUUAGCCUUCUUUGUUGGAUCUUUACUACUGUUGCAUUUCAAGCUAUAUUCAGUAUUGAAUCGGCAGUGUUCUGUUUCAUGAUCUCAUCUAAUAUAAUUGGGUAUGGAUUAGAUAUGGCGACAAAAUCACCAAAGGUGAGGAAGUUGCUCAAGAUUAGAAAUCUCCCAGACGGUUCUCCUGAUGGAGUUACGCUCUCCGAGGUGUUAGAGAUAUCCCAGAGGAUCCAAAGUGCCAGUAAAGCCCCGAAUGCCACAAAGAAGGAGCUGUUAAAGAACGCGGAGAGGAUCCAAAGUCCCAAGAAAAUCCGGAAUGCCGCAAAGAAGAAGGGCAAGAACAAGAAGAGGUGAAAACUCAGAGAGUUGUACCUGAACUGAAACUGUUUUAGUCUGUCUUCACUUCAUCUUCUUGGUAGGUUCCUCCUCUGUUCUUAGCCAUGAAAUAAGCCUUUUGGCCUUUUUUCUAGUUUCAUCUUCUUGGUAGGCUCCUCCUCCAAAUUUAACCGUCAAAUCAGCCUGUUGGUCUUUUUCUUCUUGAUAUUUAAGGUUUAUAGUUUUAUUCAACUAUAUUGUUUAUAUACUAUAUCUAAGUCAAAACUGUUUAUUUAA